UGCGUUUGUAUCAUAUUAUGUCAUUAUGUAAAACAUUAGUCUUCAAAUUUUGUCAUCUAUUCAAAUCCAUGGACUGAGCUCUUCAACUUGAAUAUUAACAUCCAAAGAUUCACUAUGAAUGAGAAUCUUGGAUUCUAUAAACGCACAAUAUCGAAAUGUCUUCUCGUGAUGUAUUUUACAACAUAUGUUGCUGUCAACACAUUACUUCAUGAAUAUAAAUAUUUCUUUGUUUACGAUAUAUCAAAGAUUUUAAAUAAAUUUGAGCUUUGGAGGCUUCUGACAGGAAAAUUUAUAUUUUUAACUCCUCAUGAGUUCUUUUUUGGAAGUAUUUUAUUGUACGGGUUUUCAGAUUUUGAAAGAAGAUUCGGUUCAUAUAAGUUCAUGUCUUUCAUUCUAUGCAAUUGGCUGUUGACAUCAUUACUUGAAGUUGCAUUUACCACUUAUUUCAAAGAGAUCAAGAUAUUGCCAUCAGGAAUGUACUGGCUCAUCUAUGCUCUCUUGGUGUUUUAUUAUCAUGAUAUACCUGGAAUUGAACAGGCUCGAUUUGGCCCAAUUAGGAUUACUCAAAAAAUACUUCAUUAUGGUCUGGUGGUCCAGAUUAUUGCUAUUGAUGAAACAAGAUAUCCUGUUUGUGGACUCGGUUUGAUUUCUGGACUCAUUUACUAUUAUAAUAUUUUGUAUGUUGGAAGUUUUUUAUCAUUACCGGAUACAUUUCGAAAAACCACAGAAAACUAUUUAGAAAUGUUGUUGGGUUCUACAAAGCCAACAUACGGAUUAAUUGGUGCGACUUUGUCUGUACAAAGACAAAUGCGACUUGAUGAAAUUGAACGUACAAUUAUACAAAAUCGAAUGCAAGCAAGACAUCACCAAGUGGGAACAAAUAUUCCUGCUCUGUUCCGUCGUCUUGGUAUUGCAAAUCAACCAAAUCACAAUGUUCAACCUCAAGCAGUACUUAGCGAAGAAUCUAUUGCACAACUUAUCGACAUGGGAUUUCAUAGAGAGCAGGCUGUAAAUGCGUUGAGAAUGUCGGGCAAUGAUGUGGGCAAUGCGGCAGCCAUGUUGUUACGAUAAUGUUGGGUAAUAUUUGGCCAACUUUGCAUCCUUUGUGUUGUCAAAUUCAUUGCGAAUUCGCCUGGUGACAGCAGCCAUUGAUUCAUAUAUUUUGGUGUCAAUGUGGGCUGUAGCUUCCUUUAGCUACAAGGAACCAUUGCUUUUUUAUGAAUAGUUGAAAAUUCUGUAUAUGAAUCAUGUUAUGAAGGACUUGGUGUUAUAUUUUGCUUCAAACACGCCGUUUACUUUGAUGUUUAAUGAAAUCCCGAUGUGGCAUUAUGCUUAUUUGUCGAAAUAGCAUAUUAUUGUAUUUUUAGUUAGUUUCUCUCAUAUUGUCAUUUGUUUAUUAAAAAUUAAAUAUUUAUUUUAUGCUGACAGCAUUGUGUUUUUGUUUUUUGAAUAUAAGUCGUUGCAAAAUGUCA